AUGUCAAUGUCAUAAACCUUGUGUAAUUUUUCUGUUACGAACCCUUCUCAGAUUAUGAACCAUCCUUUAAACACAUCAAAAUCAAAAUACUAAUAUUCUUUCAGCAAAUCAAACCGUUUUGACAAAAAUAAGUCUUACUGCUCUGAGGCAUAUUACAACUAAAAAGAUCAAAAAGAGAAAAGAUCAGCGGCAUUUGGAUAUGGAACUAAAUAUGAUUUUACAAAGACACAAGUCUACUCUCCCUCUCCAGAUUCAUAUGAAACGAAAUCAGCUUUUGAAAAGUAAAGGUCUUCUUAAAGAGGAAAAUCAUUUGGUCUUUCACGUGAUAAUAUGAAAGAAUUUAGCUAUAUCACCUAAGGUCCUCUAAAAAAUCCUGGCCCUGGUAACUAUCAACACCCAGAGACUCUUAGAACUGAAGGCUUUUCUAUGAGACCAAAGACAACUAAUUUAUAUAAUCCCGUUUUCCUUGAUGGAAAAUAAUCAUACCAAACUAAUCCUGGUCCUGGAAGUUACGUACAUAAAGACACUAUCACCAAAUUAGGUAGAUAGACUGUAUCUAAUUUUAGAAGCUCUGGUGCAACAACCUUUAAUCCUCCUACCUCAAAAAGAUUUGGUCCAAUAAAAUCUGCUGCACCUGGACCUGGUACCUACUAACCUAAAAAUGACUUAAACUCUAGUGGACAAUAUGUAUUAAGUUACAAUAGAGGAGAUGGAACAAGAGCAUUUUCUAAUUAAGUAAGAAGAUCAUUUACAGAUAUCUAAGCAAAUAAAUCAUUCAGUAUUGAAAAAUAUUCAUUUUUGUAUUAUAAUUUUGAUUAAACCAAUAUUAUAUAAAAAUAGCACCUGGACCAGGCAACUAUAGAAUUCCAAGUGAUUUUGGUAAUUACGACCACAUAAAUUUAUAUAAAACUAGUUCUGAUUUUAACAGCACCAAAAGAUCAUUUAGCAAGCAUAAUACUUCUAACUUAUACUGAAACUGACAAAUAAACUAACAAAAAUAAAUAGAUAAAUAAAUAAAUUGAAACAUACUUAAUAACUAUGAUAAAUUAAUACAUAAAUGAAUAAAUAAUAAUUUCAAAUACUCAUGUAAUUACUAUAUAAAAAAGAUCUUUGUUAAUAUAAAAUAAAUAAAUCAACCAUUCAAAUUAACACAUCUAAAUAUUCUAUUCUCUAUUAAAUAUGAAUCAUACACAAGUUAUAUUAAUUGAAUUUAACAAUCUUUUUCAAUGA